UGCAUGACUCUGUAACGUAGAGAAGCAUGGGUUGUAAAAUAUUCAGGUGGUGGCCAUACUCUCUUUCAUGCUUUUGUUUCCAAACUCUCAAGGCUGGGGAGACGAUGGCCAUUCCAUUGUUUGUAAGAUUGCUCAGGGUCGCCUGAGCGAUGAAGCUGGUGUGGCAGUGAAAAAACUGUUGCCAAAAUCUGCAGAAAAUGAUUUGGCGGCGAAGUGUUCUUGGGCAGACCAUGUGAGGCAUGUCUUUCCAUGGUCUUCUGCUUUGCACUUUGCUAAUACUCCUGACUCUGCCUGCACUUACAAAGACAACAGGGAUUGUGUAGAUCAGAAAACUGGAGCUGAGGGUCGAUGCAUUGUGGCAGCGAUUACCAAUUACACCAACCAGCUCCUCGAAUAUGGCAGCGAAACUAAAUCAAGAUAUAACCUCACACAAGCUCUUAUGUUCCUUUCACAUUUUAUGGGAGACAUCCAUCAGCCUCUACAUUGCGGCUUUACCUCAGACAAGGGAGGGAAUACAAUUACUGUUCAUUGGUACAGAAGGAAGCAAAAUCUUCACCAUAUUUGGGAUGAUACCAUAAUUGAGACACAAGUGGAGAGAUUUCAUGAUAAUGACAUGGGCGACUUCGUCGAUGCACUUCAGAAGAACAUCACGAGAGUAUGGGCGGAUGAAGUAGAAGAAUGGGAGAACUGCGGUAGAAAAGACCUUCCAUGCCCAGCUACAUAUGCAUCUGAAAGUACCGUAGAUGCUUGUAAAUGGGCGUAUAAAGAUGCCCCCGAAGGUUCAGUGUUAGAAGAUGAUUACUUCCUGUCACGUUACCCUAUAGUCAAUUUGAGGUUAGCUCAAGGAGGAGUUCGAUUGGCUGCAACUCUUAAUCGUAUUUUUGACACACAAUCAGCAAUGUCGAUGUGAUUUUAUUGAAAGAGAAAAUCACUCAAUCGACAAUUUGCGUAAUAAAGUGUCAAAUAUUUGAAGUCCUUGAGUUUAAUAAGCACUAGUUGAAGUCUUAUUAGAGAUUAGAGAUCCUUGCCUUCAUUGUGCCAAAUAAAAGAGAAUAGUGAUCUUGCAUGGAUUUCUCUUGCACGC